AUGUCAACCGUGAUGCUGCCGCUCCUGUGACUUAAGCCAGCCUCUUUUGGCGCAGACUCCGUCCAUCCCUCCCCCGGUGCUGCCGGAGCUGGCUUUCCCGAGCAGCGCAUCUGCAAAGCAAGGUCGCCUUUGGCAAAGCGGGGCUUCUCCCAACCUUCCACCCUCGCCUGCCGGAGUCCGGGGGAGAGAGAGAGAGAGGAGGAGGAGGAGGAGGAGGAGGAGGAGGCGAGCUUUGAGCCAGGAGGGUCCGGCCGGAGGAGCCAAAGGCGCUUUUGCUUUGCGGCCAUCCCAGGAGGAAGAGGAGGGGAAAAAAAAAAAAAAAAAAAAAGCAGGCCAGCCCGUUCCCCCGAGAUGAGAGCCCCGGGCUGCUGUCUGGCGGUGGUGCCGCUUCUGCUGGCCGUGGCGUGGGCGGAAGGAGACGGCAAGGCGGCUAAAGAAGGCGACAGCCCGGGCAAUUUUAUGGAGGACGAGCAAUGGCUGUCUUCCAUCGCCCAGUACAGCGGCAAGAUCAAACACUGGAACCGCUUCCGAGACGAUGACUACAUCAAGAGCUGGGAAGAUAAUCAGCCAGUAGAUGAGGGUCUGGACACCACAAAAGAUCCUUGCCAGAAGAUCAAAUGCAGCCGGCAUAAGGUGUGCAUUGCCCAGGGUUACCAGAGGGCCAUGUGUAUCAGUCGCAAAAAACUGGAGCACCGAAUCAAACAGCCUGCCGUGAAGCUCCAUGGAAACAAGGAGAACCUGUGCAAACCUUGUCACAUGACCCAGCUUGCCUCCGUCUGUGGCUCCGACGGCCAUACUUACAGCUCUGUGUGUAAACUGGAACAACAGGCCUGCCUGACCAGCAAGCAGCUGACAGUGAAAUGUGAGGGUCAGUGCCCAUGCACAAGUGAACAUAGUCCAACUUCAGCCACGGAUCUCAAGCAAGAAACCUGCACUGGGCAAGACUUGGCAGAUCUGGGCGAUCGACUGCGCGACUGGUUCCAACUGCUGCAUGAGAACGCCAAGCAGAACAGCUCUGGGAGUGUUGGUCCCAAUCCUGUGAAUGCCCUGGACAAGAACCUGGUGGCCAGUUGCAAAGACUCCAUUGGCUGGAUGUUUUCCAAAUUGGACACCAACAGUGAUCUGUUCCUGGACCAGGCAGAAUUGGCAGCUAUCAACCUGGACAAGUAUGAGAUCUGCAUCAGGCCCUUCUUCAAUUCCUGUGACACCUACAAGGAUGGCCGUGUCUCCACUGCAGAGUGGUGUUUCUGCUUCUGGAGAGAGAAGCCUCCAUGUCUGACGGAGCUGGAGAGGAUUCAAAUCCAGGAAGCUUCAAAAAAGAAACCUGGAGUCUUCAUUCCGAGCUGUGAUGAGGAUGGAUACUAUCGGAAGAUGCAGUGUGACUCCAGCAGUGGGGAAUGCUGGUGCGUUGAUCAUCUUGGCACAGAGCUGACAGGAACCCGGAUGCAUGGGAAUCCAGACUGUGACGACAUUGUUGGAUUCUCAGGGGACUUUGGGAGUGGUGUCGGAUGGGAAGAUGAGGAAGAGAAGGAGACAGAAGAAGCCGGCGAGGAAGCUGAAGAAGAAGAAGAGGGAGAAGCAGAUGAUGGAGGCUAUAUUUGGUAGAUGUCACCAAGGGGCACUGUUUGGCCAGGAUGCAGGCUGUAGGGCUGGGAGGUAGCAGUCAACACUGAAUGGAGAGGAACAACUGAACAAGAUGAUCAGGAAACACAGUUGAAUGUAACUAACUAUGGCAGAAUGUGGGAGUGUGUGUAUGUGUGAAUGUAUGUACACUUGCCUGGAUGGGUCCAUUCUCUUUACGUGGCUGUGGGGAUCAUCUCUUUCUUCCCAGCUUACCAGAGAUCAAAGCUAUAGCCGAGCAGAAGGGGAGGGGGGGAAGUACUCUGCACUGUAGGCUCCAGAGAAACUUUUGUUAAUAUUAAAUUUUUAAAAAUAUUAAUGACCAGUGACACAUUUCAGUUCCUAACCAGGCUCAAAAGAUGUGAGAAGCACCUUCAUCGCUCUGGCAAUAUCCUGCUGUAUAUGUCCUGUCCUAUUGCUUGCCAAGCAAUCUGCCAAUCAUUUGUGAGUCUUCAUUGCAGUAGAUCACCAGGAUUUGCCUAACAGGUCAGAAAUCAGGAACAAUCCACUCUCCUGCGGCUAGACAUUUAGAUCUAGGACCGUAUUGAAGAGGGGCAGCUAAUGUAUUGCUAUUGACAAAUACAGUUCCACAGCAGUCAUUUCUUAGAUAGGUUUCCAAAAUCUUGGAAAAGUUCCCCUGGAAGAUUGAACAUCCAUGCACUGAGUUAAUGUAUGAUCACCUUUACUGGACUUAAUAGCUUCCUGGUUAGGAGAGCUUUUAAAUGUGUCUGUCUUUGCUUCUAAUGUAGUUGGUGUGCUAGCUAGCGCUGUAGAAUAAAGGGCUUUUCAGUCAUCUCAACAUCCUGGUGGAAAGGCAAGGAGUUCUGGGACAGAGAUUGCUGAGAACAUCAGUUAAAAGAAUAAAGCAAUUAGUUGUGGAAAAGAAAUCAGCAGACUAGAUACAGCAACGGCAAGAAAUGGUUUCCCAUGAUAGAAGGUAUGGUAAAGAUAGGUAUCUCAGUAACUUUGUUAAUUGUGUUGCUUUGUGCCUUGGGUGUAGGAAAUCUGCAUCUAACUGGAACUCACUGUUCUCCUCCUACGCUCUGCAGCACAAGUCUUUACCUUCACAACAUAGGAGAAGAAAGCUAUUAGGCAUCACCUACAGGAAUACAAAUACAAAAUUGCAUUAUCCAUUUAAAAAUAAAUGAGCAUGUGAUUUAGCUAAUGAUGAAAAUGAUAAUGAUAAUUCUAUUCAGCAUCCUGAAAUCAUUUUCUUUCUCUCUCUCUCUCUUUUUUUUUUUCAAAUAAAUUAGGCAUUGUUUUUUCAAAAAUUAGCCAGUGGGAAACAUCUAGGGGAAAAAAUAUUGUCAUUUUCUUAGUUAGUGGAAUGUCAGGCUUUUUAAUCCCGACAAGGCCAAUUCAAUUCUUUAUUUAGGAAAAUCAUUUCUCCACUUCCCCUUGCUUGGAUACACUCACUCUGUUGGUGAGCAUGUAUGCUUGCAAGUAUUUAAACACCUGUAUUACCAUCCUGUCCAAGUUGUAGCUGUGCAUGUCCUUGGGCGGCAUGAAGAAAUGUUGAGUGCUGGAGUGUGUGAGUAUGUGUGAAGUACACACUGAGAAGUGGGCAGGCAGUUUGGCUUAUAUCAAGUACCCCAACGUUUAUGUAGAUACUGAGCUUCUGGCUGAGCCCUUCGGGACAGUGUGCAAGCACAUUAAACAAAUCAUGGGAUUUUAAGCAGCCUCACUUCCCAGUACGUACAGCCACCUCCAUAACAGAUUUCUUAUGUAGUCCAGCUGUGAUAAUAAAUGAGCCUUGCUGUAUUGAA